AUAACCUCACGAUGGCAGUCAAGCACCCAAGCUAACUGGCUAAAGUGGGCUAGUUUGCUAUCUACUGCCAGAAACAAAUGAGAGAACACCUCACUCUGGACAUUUUACUCGGCCUAGCAGAGCUGGUUAGAGUGUUUUCUUGUUAUCUAGAGGGUUAGUGACUAACUGUGUUAUGGCAACAAUUUAAUUGCGUUUUUAGUCGAUGUUUACUUGCACCUGUCAUCAAUUUUAGGGCGUUCGUAAAUUCCUCAAUUACUAUCGCUAGAAAACCAGAGUGCUCUGAAAUUGGAGCCGAUUACCAAUGUGAAUAGGAACGCACCCCACAUUUGAAGUUCACGAGAAAAUUACAUCAGAUGUCUCGUUCUGCGCAAAUUUCUGCUACGUUCAAAACAACUGGGAACUCGGAAAUCUCUGACUUCCGAGCGUUCAAUACAUCUGAGAACCCGGAAAAAUACUAGCCUCGACUGGGAAAAAUCGGUUUGAGCUGUCAUCCAACUGGGAACUCCAAGUCUGGAAACUCGGACAUUUUUCAAGAGCUCCGACUUUCCGAACCGAAAUGAAGAUCACCGAUGUCAUGAGUUGAACUCUGUUAUUUCUGAGUUCCAAGUUGUGUUGAAAGCACCAUUCACACCGGGCAGAGAGAGGCCUCUUCGGGGAUAGCGAAUCGGAGUGAGGAUAGCAAACAUAAUCGCUAAAGAUGGCGGCGGAGAGAGACACCGAAGAGAAUACUGCAUGUAUUAUCAUCGCUAAGCAAUGUUUUUUUUAGAUAGGUGGACACGCAAAAUACCGAAAGCUUUUAAGUUGAAGUCCCGUGUUGCGCACAUGACUUGUUUUUUCCCCCACUGGAGCGCCCAAGUUCCAUGUCAAGUUAGCAGUGUUGGCUAGCUAGCCUGAUUGGAUUGCACAUAGAUUUGAUGAGCGAUUAAAUGUGGCACAAACUGUCCAUGAAGCUAUUGGACAACAUCGUCUCUUACUGUGGAAUACAGCUUGCCAGCCUUUCAACUGGACCCGCGACACGGCCAGUGUUGAGUCGAAGUGACUGACCGUCAUGUAUUUUCUAACUGGCUGGCCUCGGAGGCUACUUUGUCCACUGAAAAGUGAAGAAGAACCGUUUCAUGUUCAACCCAGCUCCCAGAGGUUUUACUUCGCUGUAUUGUCCGAGACUCAACUAAGCGUCUGGUUCAGUCGGCCCAGUGUUCUGAUAGUGAGCUACAUAGAGUCGGCGAAGGCAUCAUCCCAGUUUGGCUUCUAUCAGCAGGCCGAAUGGAAGCAGGACGAUUCCAUGAUAGCAGUAGCGGCUGCCAAUGGCUACAUUCUCCUGUUUGACGUGGUGGGAGGAGGAGAGGACAAGUACCUUUAUGAACCCGUCUAUUCCAAAGGGAGUCGUGGUGUUAAGGUCACCCCAGUUUAUAAAGAGGAGCAGUGUGCUCCCGCUCUCAGCCUGGAGAUGAAGAGACCCAUAGACCUGGAGGCUCCCAUUACCAGCAUGCAGUCUCUUCAGGAGGAUCUAUUGGUGUCUACUGCUGAUGGCUACCUCCACGUCCUCCACUGGGAUGGAGUCAGCAACGGCAGGAAGGCCAUCAGUCUCUGUAGUGUCCCUUUCUCCCUGGACCUACAGUCUGCCAGAGGUGGUCUGUGUCUGGACCUGAGUGGUUUAGACAUCAGAGACAUGACCUACUGUGUGACACUGGAUGGCUUUGCUGUGGUGCUUGAUGAUGGCAGGCUGGGGUUCAUCACUCCUCUAGCCAAUGUGAUCACUGCAGAUCAGCUGCAGGGCGUCUGGGCAGCAGAUGUAACAGACGGCACGUGUGUGGCUGUCAACAAUAAGUACAGACUGGUGACCUUUGGCUGUGCCAGUGGCUCAGUGUUGGUGUACAGUAUCGAUACCACUACAGGGUCCAUGCAGCUCUCCCACAAGCUGGAGCUCACUCCUAAACACUACCCCGACGUGUGUAACAAGACCGGCGCGGUGAAGCUGAUCCGCUGGUCCCCCGACUACAGUGUUGCCAUGGUGACCUGGGAGUGCGGGGGACUGUCUCUGUGGAGUGUGUUCGGAGCCCACCUCAUCUGUACCCUGGGGGAGGACUUUGCGUAUCGGUCAGACGGCACUAAAAAGGACCCUAUAAAUAUCAGCUCAAUGUGCUGGGGAGCAGAGGGCUACCACCUGUGGGUCAUCACCAGCAGAGAGGAGGCGGAGCUCGUAGAGAACAUGGAGGAGGCUCCUCCCCAGACCCAGCAGGCUGGCAUACUGCAGUUCAACUUCAUCAAGAGCGCCCUCACGGUCAACCCCUGCACGAGUAACCAGGAGCAGGUGUUACUUCACGGGGAGGACCGUCUCUACCUAACCUGUGGUGACCCCACCCAGCUCUCCUCCGGCAGCUCAGAGAGCCCCCACCCCCAUAACCUCCCCCACGGCGGGGAGGGCAGCCCCACCCACCAACCCACCCACCAACCCACGCCCAACUCUACCUCUCAGGGACUCAGCACUUUACUGGGAUACAAGCACUGGCACGUGGUCCAGAUUCACAGCACAUACCUAGAGAGCAACUGGCCUAUACGGUUUGCAGCCAUAGACACAGCAGGCCAGUGUAUAGCUGUAGCUGGAAGACGUGGCUUUGCACAUUACUGCAUGUCCACCAGGAAAUGGAAGCUGUUUGGGAACAUCACUCAGGAGCAGAACAUGACCGUGACAGGAGGGCUGGUCUGGUGGAACGGCUUUGUUGUUGUUGCCUGUUACAAUUUCAUCGACCGGCAAGAAGAGCUGCGUCUGUACCUGCGGUCGUCUAACCUGGAUAACACCUUCUCCUCCGUCACCAAGCUGCACUCUGACACUCUGCUGCUCAACGUGUUCAGAGACAUGAUCAUCCUCUUCAGAGCAGACUGCUCCAUCUGCCUCUACAGCAUGGAGAGGAGACACGACGGGCCCAAUCCAUCAGCCAGUGUUGAGCUGCUUCAGGAGGUGUCCAUGUCUCGCUACAUUCCUCAUCCUGCCCUGGUGGUGUCGGUCACCCUCACCUCCGUACGCACAGAGACCGGCAUCACGCUCAAGGCCCCACAGCAGGCCUGUAUGGCAGACAGCAUCAUACUGAACCUGGCAGGCCAGCUCAUCAUGCUACAGAGAGACCGUUCUGGACCCCAGCUACAGGAGAAGCUGCCGUUCUGUCCUCCAGUGGUUCUGGCCCAGUAUGUAGAGAACGUGUGGACGACGUGUCGUAGUAACAGAAAGAAGCGUCACCUACUGGAGGCUCUGUGGCUGUCGUGUGGAGAGGCUGGGAUGAAGGUGUGGCUCCCCCUGUUCCCUCGUGACCAUCGUAAGCCCCACUCCUUCCUGUCCCGCCGUAUCAUGCUGCCCUUCCACAUCAACAUCUACCCCCUGGCUGUGCUGUUUGAAGAUGCUCUGGUUCUGGGAGCUUCCAACGAGACUGUGGUCUAUGACAGCCUGCAGGGUCCCAGAGAGGGCCGGGAGUCCCUAGAGGGGUUGUUCCCUUACUGCACGGUGGAGAGGACUUCCCAGAUCUACCUCCACCACAUCCUUAGACAACUCCUGGUCCGUAACCUGGGGGAGCAGGCCCUUCUCCUGGCCCAGUCCUGCGCAGCGCUCCCCUACUUCCCCCACGUCAUGGAGCUCAUGGUCCACGUGGUGCUGGAGGAGGAGGCCACCUCCCGGGAGCCCAUCCCCGACCCGCUGCUGCCCACCGUGGCCAAGUUCAUCACCGAGUUCCCCCUGUUCCUCCAGACCAUCGUGCACUGCGCCAGGAAGACAGAGUUUGCCCUGUGGAACUACCUGUUUGCUGCCGUGGGCAACCCCAAGGAUCUCUUUGAGGAAUGUCUGAUGGCCCAGGACCUGGACACCGCUGCAUCCUAUCUCAUUAUACUACAGAACAUGGAGGUUCCAGCAGUGAGCAGGCAACACGCUACACUACUCUUCAACACGGCCCUGGAGCAGGGCAAGUGGGACCUCUGUCGUCACAUGAUCCGAUUCCUCAAGGCCAUUGGCUCUGGAGAGAUGGAGACCCCACCCCCAACACCAACCACUCAGGAACCCAGUUCGAUGGGAGGUUUUGAGUUCUUCAGGAAUCGCAGCAUCAGUCUGUCUCAGUCAGCUGACAGCAUCGCUGCUGGGAAGUUUAACCUACAGAAGACCUUCAGCAUGCCCUCUGGGCCCUCUGCUAAGGGGUCUGAGAGGUGGUCUAAGGACAGUGACUGUGCAGAAAACAUGUACAUAGACAUGAUGUUGAGGCGUCACGCCCGCCACCUCCUUGAACACGUCAGACUAAAAGAGCUGGGUUGUUUCUCUGCCCAGCUGGGCUUCGAGCUGAUUGGCUGGCUGUGCUACGAGCGCACGCGGGUGGCGCGGGUUGAUGAUUUUGUCAUGGCGCUGAAGUGUCUCCACAAGGACUUCCUGUGGCCGUUUCCUGUCACCCCAGCCGGCUCCAUCAGCUCGCCUUUCAAGAACGGACACCGCAGGACAGUGCUGAGCCAGCAUCUACUGAAGUCCCAGUCAGCAGACAGCCUGUUGAACAGUGACAUGGACACAGCGCCCCCGCAGGCCGCAGCACGCAACAGCAACCACACCUGGCUAGACGGGCUGGGGGCUCUUGGACCUACAGAGAUGGACACUGCCUUGUCCCAUGGGGGGCCACAGACACAGGAGGCCUUCCUCUCCCCACUAACCAACAAAACGGAGGAGUGCAGUAUCGGUUCUGCCACAGACCUGACAGAGACCAGCAGUAUGGUGGAUGGAGACUGGACCAUGGUGGAUGAGAACUUCUCUGCUCUCAGUCUGACCCAGUCUGAGCUGGAACACAUCUCCAUGGAGCUGGCUAACAAGGGACCACACAAGUCCCAGGUCCAGCUUCGGUACCUCCUACAUGUGUUCAUGGAGGCUGGCUGUCUGGAGUGGUGUGUUGUGAUUGGUUUGAUCCUGAGAGAGGCCCCAGUCAUCAAGCAGGUGGUCAACUUCCUGGACAGCCCCGAGGUGCCUCAUGAGACCGUCCAGAGUGUCCGCUCCGGCCUGCUUGGGGUCGACGCAUGGGCCUCCACAGACUGCCUGGGCUAUAAGCCCUUCCUGAACAUGAUCCGGCCCCAGCUACAGAAGCUCAUAGAGACUUCUGUAGAGCAGAUCCAGCCUGAAGCCUUCCUACCAGGGGCUUCCAACUCGAAGCUGGCUGAGCCCCAGCCCGGAGGCCCCAGUGCAGAAGAUAGUAGGGGGCCUGCUCUCCUGGGUCUGGCCCUUCCUUUGGAGCCCCCUGGGGGGUUAGGGACAGAGGACGACGGAGUUCCAGAGGAGCAGGAGGAACAGGCGGUGGACGAGGGGGUGUACGACUGCACUCUGUCCUGACAUGCCCAGUCCUGACCUGAGUCAUGUUCAUUAGGCACCAAACGGAAGAAAAUGGACUGAAACAGGGAGGGACUAUAUUGACUUAAAACUUUUUUGCUACGGUAAGCCCUGAUGAAUACAGCCCUUUUCUGACCUCUGACCUUGCCGGGCGGGCGUGAUGGGACACGGGAUGCGGAAGAGACACUGGAAGUCUCAGACUAAACUCUGUGUGUCUGGAACCAGUUUGUUGACUGACGUGGACUCUGAUAUUUUCCAUUGUGUGUGAGACUGUGUGUGUCAUGGUAUUGUGUGUAUUUACUACACUGUGUGUGUAACAUUUGGAAGCCUCAAACGCAAGAGGACAUUCUCUCCAGUCCGGAUACUCGUCCAUCCCGUUGGUGGAGCAGGGUCAGUGAGUGAGUGGGCUCUUGUGUUUUAAGAGUGUCAGUAUUGUCCAGUUGAUUAUGGAGUUGAGUCAUUGCAGACAUCAUUAGUCAGGACACAGCCGAUUCAUAACAACAACAAAAAAUCUUACCUAAAAUAUAGAUAUGAUCGAUGCCGUGCUUCUAACCUCCUAUUUAUUUUGCUCCACGUAAACAUUUUUUUUAAAGAAAUUUGCCCACAGACAAGAGUUUACCAAACUGAGUUUGGGCUAGUCAGGCUUUAUUCUGGGACUAAAGCAGGCAGUUUGUGUUGCAAUUUAACAUUUUACCAAAAUAUGCUUUUCAGAUCAGUGAAAUGCUGUCUGGGUUAUAUUGUCUAGAUAGAAAUUUCAGAUCGCCGUGACAACGUGCUGGGCAAAAAGCAUCCGGGUUAUUGUCUGUCAGACCUGUCACAUAUUAAGCUUAAUUGGCUCAUUCUACAUUACAUAAAGUUCAACCUAUAACUGUAUAUUUUUGUCACAGUUUUUGCAACUGAGUUCAGAUAUAACUUUUUGCAAGGAAUCGCCCCUGAAAUCAACUAUGUGCUGGACAAGUUCUGAGAUGCACUGAAUGAAGUGUGUGUCUUACCACCUCCUGUACCGUGGAUUUAAAGAAAUUUACUGAUGCCUUGGUGAAUUAUGUGAUAUUAUUCUACAACAUUACUUCAUGAGACGAUGUCAGUCCCCUCACUAAGAUAUUAAAGACUAGUGUGAGAACUCUGUUGGUGGAGAGAGACGACGACGUGUGUGAUGACCUGGAUAGGAGGUGAAUGAUAUUGACGAGGGCCUGACCAGGCCUCAACCAAACCAUGACUGACUCCUGAAGGGAGAAUCUACCAUUCUCUCAGGACAAACCAAAUUAUUAUGGCCAUCCUCUGACCUGCGUCUUUACACACAUGCUUUUGGAUUGGCUCUAGAAUUGAAGCAUUACUGUUCAGUUGGCUUCCGUCAUGCUGGAGGAUCCAAACUGAGACAAACUAUAUUCAUAAUUCACUUUAUGUUGAUGUCAUGCCAGAGAUCAUUUUUAUUUGCCCCAUUUUUAAAUAGAUAAAACACCAACUGAUGCACACUUUGGUGUUAAUUCAAUGUCACAUUUCAGUAUCGUUUUCUUAAGGUAGGAUUGUGUUGGUCUCUACUUAGCAAUGGCUGUGGAGUUGAAUAGGUCCUAUACUAUUGAAUGUAUUCUGACAUUGUUUCUGUAAGGGCUUGGUUGUUAUCACCAUGGUAACAUACCAGAAUCUCGAUCAUGUAAAACUGAAAACAUCUCCAACACUGACGCUGCUUUCAGAAGCAGCUCCUGUGUGUAUGAUGUGGAACAGUAAAGACUAAGUACAGUAUCCUCACAUGGAAUAUUUUAUGAUCGUCAGUAUUCUAAUUAUUUAUUGGUUGUGGUGUUAUUGCGAAUGGGAAAAUGUUAGCCUUCAUUAUUCAUUCAAAUUGUUUUAUUUCGGCUAUAUCAAAGCCACUAAACAAGAACUAUUUGCUUUUGCCUCAACUUGUACUGUAGUCGUUCUCAGGCCCUGCGCCCAGGUCAAUAUCCCGCCACCUGACCAGCAUAGAGCUCUCUCAGGCCCAGGUCAAUAUCCUGUCACCUGACCAGCAUAGAGCUCCCUCAGGCCCAGGUCAAUAUCCUGUCACCUGACCAGCAUAGAGCUCUCAGGCCCAGGUCAAUAUCAUGUCACCUGACCAGCAUAGAGCUCUCAGGCCCAGGUCAAUAUCCCGCCUCCUGACCAGCACAGAGCUCUCAGGUCAAUAUCCCGCCACCUGACCAGCACAGAGCUCUCAGGCCCAGCACCCAGGUCAAUAUCCCGCUACCUGACCAGCAUAGAGCUCUCAACCUUCAAACGGGAAUCAAUGGUGAAACAGCCACAUCCAUUUGUGAUUUUACAACAACGGUUAUUAUUUUUCCCCCCUCUGACAUCAUUGCACACGUGACAGAAGAGCUUAAUAUGUACUGCCUUGCUUUCACCAUGCUGCACGAUGCUCCUCAGCAACAAUGGUGGUGGGGAGGCCAGUGGCGCCACCCUACUGCAGAUGCCAUCUUUAACAGCCGGCAAAACUCUGGUUCCUAUCCACAAAGCAACUGAGUACGAACGCUGACCUAGGAACAGGGCCCCGUGUAUUCAAUGAGCUCUAAAUGGAAAUACUGGUCCUAGAUCAGCUGUUUCUCCAGACAAUUGUUAGUGCUCUGUGAACACAGCGGUUUUCUUUACUGUGUGUAUUCUAUAUUAUUCUAUCUAUAUUCUAUAUUCGGUUCAGUACAUUAAUGGUCUCCACUUACUUACAGUACAUCACUGUGAAACUGUGCAAUUCUGAAACAUUGCUUUGUUUCAGCUUUUUUAUUUUUUUUUAUUUACAUUCAGUUCCACAUGUUUUACUGUCACUCAUACCAACCAAAACGUUUGUACUUUAAACAUUAUUUUGCUGCAGCUCACUGUGCUUGUAGUUUGUAAUUUUUAAACAUUUUGCCUCAGCUCAUUGUGCUUGUAGUUUGUAUUUUCCUCUAUUCUGAUUCUAUUGUUCUGCAGCGUUGUUUUUACGAGAACCUCUUUGGCCGUGACUGUACACUAGCCUGAGUCCCAGACUGGUUCGUGCCGUCCUACUGUACCAACUCCAUUUCUGUCAUGUUGGCACAAACAGAACUGGGACGCAAGUUAACUACACAGCAUCGAUGAUUUUCUAUACCAUCUGUCCUCUGCUGCAAGUACAGUAGAUGCAGUAGCUUCCCAUUUGCUCUCAAGCCCACAACAAACCCCAGCUGUGAAGUUUACCUAACGUAAUAAGGUUGUUGGCUAACCAAAGACAUGUUCUGAGGCCUUGGGUCAACGUGACUUGAGUGCUUGUAUAUGCAGAGGUAAAAUGAACCCCUCUGAGAGAGAACCAUUGCUGCUUAAACACAUUUUUCAGUUAGUACUUAAGACAGUUUAUGAAUAUUCUGAUUAUACACGUUUCAUGUUUCCAUCUGAGGACUAGAAGUCUUGUUUCGUGUGUCUGUCUGCUGUUGGGGAAAAGCAUGAUGACAGCGCUACUCUUUUCAUACAAAAUCUGUAUGAAGGACGUCUUUGUUUUCCUUCAUAUUUUAAAAAGCAUAUCUGACGCAGUAACAUUCCCUGGGUCACGCUAGGUGGACAUCUUCAAUGCAGUGUACAGUAUAGAUACUGUUUCUUGUACAAUUUGCCUUUUAUACUCAUUUUGGUUUUCUAAUUUUUCCUGUACAUAAACAAUAAAUUAUUUUUUAAACCCAA